AUGCGACAUCAUCGACGCUCUGUUGACCGGGUUUGGCCACCCGCACUAGAAGUCCGGUUAGCCCGGCUCUCGAUGGAUGAGGGUUCGUCCCUGGGUGCGACACAUAUCAUCCCACCGCCACCACCCGUCAGUCUUCGGCAAGAAGAUGAAGAACGGGACCAGGAUGUCCCUGUGGAUCAUCAUCGACUGGAGCCCAUUCAGGAGGGUGUUGGGGCUGUAGGUGGAGGAAUAUCCGAAGUGCAAGGGCGACUAGGAAUCAUGAGAGCAGCAGCAGCAGCAGCAACGGUCGCGGCAAGUGCCCCCGCCUCACCGGCAGAACGGCGACGAAACUCUGUGCUCGGGCCUCUGUCGCCGUCGUUCUCCUUCCAAAUGGAGAAGCAUCUUCAGCGGCUACAUGCAGAUCCGCCCCAGAUUGACGUACAGUAUCGGAAGCCUUGCAAGGCGGAUUCCCCACUAUCUGGGUGCAACUACACUGUGUUCGAUGUCCAUGGUCUCGAUGGCGGUAGGCGGACCACAAGACAUCAGUCUCUGUCCUCACCUUCGAUCCAGACGGUUGGGGGCAAGACCGAGGUGACAGCUCAAGCGUCUUUGACGAUGGUGACCAAGGAUGAGGGAAACGAACGUUGUGACGAAGGCUUCUUUGGACAUCCAGAAUCGUCUCAGUUUCAGAAGCAGCUCGAGUUUCUAGCAACGACGGGCGAUCUACCACAGUUGACGAUGCCAUCGUUGAUGAAGCCGCGGAUGUGUCAGCAUGCAGCGGACGGGGACCGUGGUCGUCAAGGAGAUUGCAAUGACAGGAAUGAGUUUGAUAGCACGGAGCAGAAAACAAACGAGGAGCAGCAACUAUCAGGGCCGGAGGUGUUUGUGUCAUUGGGACCUCCAUUACCUUAUACGAGUUCUCGGCCAUCGAUUUCGCCCUCGAGAAAGAACCCACUUUCGGCAGCGACCUCUCGAGCUUCUUCUCGUGCGUCUUCACGAGCGACCUCGCCGAGUCGUCUCCCGUCGAGUGGCGCACAUCCUAUAUUCCAGCAAAGCGGUUAUGAUGUCCAGCAAAUACAACCUGGCCUUACUCUAGAGCGGUCGAACAAAAGCGCGCAAGCAGGGCAACUCGACAACGACAACGACAACGACUUUACUCAAGUUCCAGAGAUCAGCCGCAUGUGCUUAAUAGACUCGCCAGUGGUGGUGUCACUUACGCCCGACUACGCAAUCCUGGGCGACCAUGACCGUUGGAGGUCACCGACCCUCUCAGCCCUCGCAUCCCCACGAUCGAACUCACGCGGCGUCUCCCCAAGGAGAUCCUCACCACCUUCUGAUUUAUCUCAGAUCAAUAGGAUGAGGCGCCAAAGUCUGAAUGCGCGACAAGGUCAGGAGGAGCUAAAGAUGGCGAUUAAUAUCCCGGUGAUCGAGACACACGAUGAGAUCCCGUUGCAGGAGAUUUGGAGAACGGAGGAUGAGGAGCGACAGGAUAGGAUUAACGAAGCUCAAGGGGAGAGCAGUACAGGUGCAGGCACAGGCGCGGGUACGGGCGGUGGGUCGGUUGAGGAACAUGUUGCGCGUAUGAAGGGAGAGCAACAUGCGCGGGAGGAGGCGAAGCUCAUUCGGGAGGCGAUAUGUGCAAACGAGAGGAUUGGGGCGCCAGAUAAUACCGGAUCUUAA